GUCAGAACAUCAAACGCAGCGCAUUUCAAGCCAAUUGAAUAUCAAAUUGAAUCAACACUGGAAAUAUUUCCCCUUACGCGCCAAGGAUACAAUACGCAAAGCGUGUCGCGUCGGCGGCAUCUUAGCUGAAACUACGGCCCCGAUGAUGCCCCCGAGCCCCCGAAAUUUGUUCUACUUCAUAUCCGCAAGCUUCAGGCAUCAAAAUUGUCGACUAAACCAGGCAACGAAAUAAAAACAAAUUCAUGCAUUCUUACGGCAAGAAAAGGAUAUAAAGAAUAGAGGAAAAAAAAAAUAUUAGUUUAGAAUCAAUCAACAUCGAGACUUACUAAAUUGAACUUCGUCUAAAAGAAAAACAAUCAAUCGCAUCACCAUGGCCGAAACGCAAUUUGCCGAGGGCAUGACGCCGCUCGAUUUGCUCAUGCCCGGGGGAUAUAUCGGAGCCGUCUUGGUAUUCCCAACAACGGAACCGCCUUCGGAUCUUUUGACGAAAUUUCAAAAUGGGUUGGAUCUUGUGUGCAAGCGAAUUCCAUGGCUUAUGGGACAGGUAUUUCAAACAUCCACGGCGGAAGGACAAAAACCCUCGCUCGAAAUCCGCUGGACUGCAACAGAUGCGGCGCCGCGUAUCGUCGAUAAGGGUACCCUUUCAGCUACAUACGAAGAACUAUCUCAGGUCAAAGUUCCCCUGGAAAGUAUUCCUUCGGAUAUGUGGCCUACCCCUGGGCAAGUGCAGGCGGAGCUUGGAUCUGGAUCUGGAGCGCCUGUUUUUGGAGCCAACUUCUUCCGUUUCACCAACGGCAAGGCAGUCGGAUUGUGCGUCCAGACACACCAUAAUUCUAUGGACGGCUUUGGGUUUGCGGAGAUCAUCAAUCUAUGGGCGCAAUUUAUGAGCGAACCCGAAUCCCAGGUCCCGAGCUUCAGCUUUGCAUCGGAAAGAAACACUCGUCUCGCAAAAGCAAUCGGCCAAAACCCCAACACCGCUUCCCUUGACGAACUCUUCGAAAAGCACCCAGAAUACUCCAGAAUCCCUCCAGUUCUACCCACCGAGUUCGCAUCCUGCACCUCUGAAAUCUUGACAAUCUCCAUGAAGAAAAUUGAAACUUAUAAAGAAAGCCUAAAACCCCACCUGGAGACGACCCCAUCAACCAACACGGUAGCAUGCGCCCUCCUCUGGUCCGCCAUAACCCGCGCCCGCAUGCGCCGCACACCAGACCUAGAGCACAAAACCAGCCGUCUGCCCAUGGCCGUCAACGGGCGCAAACGUCUCGACCCCUCUCUCGCCGACCAUCAAAACCCGUAUCUAGGGAACAUGGUUCUCUUCUCCACCGCCGAGCAACCAGCACGCUCCGUGUGCGACUGCAGCACCGCUAAUUCCGCAGUACUCCUCGCCGACAUCUGUCGCGCCGUCGCACAGGCCCAAUCACCAGAACGUAUCAACGGGACUCACAUCCGCGAAGUACACCAUCUAGCCCAUGAGAUCAACGACCACCGGACUAUUUUCCCUGGAUGGGAGUUAUUCGGGUCCCGUGAUUUAUUCAUCACCAGUUGGGCCGAUCUCAAUUUCUAUGAAUUCGAGUUUGGCUCCGGUCUAGGAAAACCGGAGUUCGUGAGAAUUCCGUAUGCGCAGGCUGAUGGGAAUGUAAUUAUCUUGCCUCGGAAGAGAAAUGUAGAUGGCCCUGUUUCGUCGCAGGUGAUUGAAGCUGUGAUUAUGCUGCAGAGGCAGGACUUGGAUGUGUUGAAGGAGGAUAGUUUGUGGGAGAAGUUGUGAGCUUAUUCGGCUCCGGGAUGGGGUGUCCGUAUAUUAGAAUUCAUUGGGUAGGAAACAUUCGUUAAUGGAGUUAUUCCAACGUAAGCUCUCGUAUGAAUAGGGAUUUCAAUGUUACACCAAACUAUUACUGUUGGCAGAAAUUUGAGGGUCGGUAGAUAAUCCAGGAACCGCACCAGCCGCCAGCAACGGUAUUUGCUUUUGCUGCAGUAAGUAUAUUUCCAUUGCUAAACCCGAGUAUGCACUGCGUCACAGACCCAUAAAUACUGUUACACCAAGCACGCGAUAUAUCAUAAUCUGCAAGUGGUCAUUAAUAAGCUGUGCCGACACGAAGUCGCAAUGA